GAGGUACAAAAGGUGGACCACACCUGAGUACUUCCUCUUUUACUUCACACCAGGUAAAAGGUCACCGACCAACCAUGACGCCAAAUGGGUGACCCGAGAAGUCAAAGGUCAAACCUGUCGUAUGGGGAUUUACCAAAAAACACAGUCGAUGUGGUAACUAGCAGGUUAGUCUUUUGCAUCGUGUUAACUAUUGCGUACAUGUAGGCACUCGGGGAACAGAUUGUGAGCAAACAAACAAACAAACAAAAAACAGGCAUGGAAACGGCAAAGACCAAGCUAUCAGCAGUGGCGACGGAACUGAGUAAACUGGACAAGCGCUUCAGUGUUAACUAAUAUUGUGUACAUGUAGGCACUCGGGGAACAGAUUGUGAGCAAACAAACAAACAAACAAACAAAUAGGCAUGGAAACGGAAAAGACCAAGCUGUCAGCAGUGGCGGAAGAACUGAGUGAGUUGGACAAGAGGUUCAAAGAUCCAGGUUCUGAUCUGAAUGCUGUAGAGAGGGAAUACGCAGGGAAGUUGGUUCACGCCAUCGGCAAUGAAAAUAAGGUUUUGGAAUGUGAAGCAUUGAAAAGUCUUGGGGAUCUGUAUCUUCACAAAGCAAAGAUGAAGAAAGAUAAGAAAGAGAAUUUCAACAAGGCCUGUGCGCUGUACACAGAGCUAUCUAGAUACUACACCAGUGAGGAAGAGAAACAGGUUAUACAGCGUCGAGUCAGAUAUGCAGAGAAAUGUACGAAGCUGGUACACGAUGAAAUCUAUGCAAACACAAAGACUGAGGAUUCAGCCAACAUCACAUUGGCGGUGGCAGCGACACUUCAAGAAGAGGAAGAGAAGGUCAAGGCCAAAGAGCAGGGUAUUGCAACCUUAAUUGAAGGUUAUACACGCGCCUAUGUUAAAGCAAUAGUAGAGCGAAAUAAGCGUCUACAAGUAGAGUCUUUGAAGAGCCUUGGAGACCUGUACCUGGAGACGGGAAAGAUUGGGAAGGACGAGACAGUCUUCACCAAAGCAGCAGGCCUGUACCGAGCGGCGCUGGACCGCUGUGAAGAUUCAGACGGCAGAGAAACGCUGGAGCAUCGCAUCAAGUACGCAGAGAAAAUCAGAGCAGAAGUAGAAAUGAAACGAAAAAAGACGAGACAACCCGGGAGCGGAGGGACCAGAAAAACUGUAGCGACUUCACAUGGAAGAACCCAUGGAACAAAGGAAGACCCUUACAGUGCCUACACAGACCAGCUGCAGGAGGGCUGCAAGGCCCUGCAGACUGGAGACCUGGACACGGCAGAACGGCACUUUGCAGCUGCGCUCAGGACCGUUCAUUUGAAAGAUUCAAAUACAGACCAGCACAGAAAAGAGGCAGAGCCCCUGUACAAGCUGAGCGAUGUCUACCUGAAGAGAGGAAUCCAGUCAAAAGACGGAGGAGACUUCACCAAGGCUGCAGCACUCUGUAACGCAGCACUGGUCAGAGCAAGGAAAGAAGACGGGAAAGGUAUCAAACAAAGAGUCCUAGAUAUAACGAACGCAUUUAUCAAGCAUGUGCUGAAUGUCGACGAAAGUGUUGAUAACGCUGAAGUAGAGAAACACAGAUUGAGGCAGAAGGAAAGUCGAGAGUUUGUAGAGGAAGAGUUGAAAAGAAUUGAAGAAGAGGUAGAUCCGUACAGUCUCGAUGAUGAUGAUCCCAAGAUAAGGGAAGUUGAGACGAACAGAGCAGAAGCAAUCAAAAAACUGUUUGAGACACUCGUUGGUCAUCGCAGAACGUUCAUAGUUGGCCUUGUAGAUGAAUGUAUAGAGGUAAUGGCCCCCCCUCCCUGUAACUACGCCAUGAUAGGCCUGGGUUCACAGGCCACAGGGUUAGUAACCCCGUACUCUGAUCUGGAGUUCGCCAUCCUGAUAGAGGAGGAAACAGAGAGUAACGUCGAGUAUUUCCGCAACCUGACUCACUAUCUACAUCUCAAAGUGAUCAACCUGGGAGAAACCAUCCUCCCGGCCAUGGCGAUCAAGUCGCUCAAUGAUUUUCAGUCAAAAGACCCACAGGACAGCUGGUUCUACGACUCUGUAACGCCGCACGGGUUUUCGUUUGAUGGAGCCAUGCCGCAUGCAUGCAAAACUCCACUGGGCAGGGGCAAAACCUUUGAACUCAUCCGCACACCGAGAAACAUGACAAAACUAUUAGAGGAAAACAUAACGUUGCAUCUGAAGAAAGGCUACCACCUCGCAAGUGUCCUUGGCAAUGUUUCUUUGAUCGCUGGAGAAUGGCAAUUGGCGGCUCAAUACACCACUAUGUGGGCUAAGCGACUGCAAGAAAACCAGGGGAUCAUUUCAUCGCUAAUAGCAAACACAAUACUGACGGAAAAUGCGCCUACGUUCAAAAGGCAUGUUCUAAAAGCCAGCCUGUUGAAUGUCAAGAAGGAAAUCUAUCGAUUUUCAAGCAUAACAGUGUCCUGUUGGGCACUACUUCAUGGCAUACAGCCAACCACAAUCUGGGACACCAUAGAGAACAUGCACAAGAACGGAGUCAUCAACAGUGAGAACGCGCAUCACUUGAUGGUGCUGGUCAGCAUCUCAGCAGAACUGAGGCUGCGGACAUACAUGAACAACCGUGGACAGGUGGAGAACAUGUCGGCCUUAUCGUCAAUGUCGUCAGGCACAGAAAUAGGGGAGAAAUUGAGGAAUGUGUUCUACUUCUCCAAUUCAAACCAGCUGAUGAGAUACUACUACACAGCGAUGCCAUUGCGAUCCUUCAUUUCAGAAAUUAACGCAGGAGAAUCACCAAUGGAACCGUCCAUUCUUUUUGAUAAUUCGUCAAAGCUGAAAUCAGAGGUGUACGCAAGUCUGUGUGACUACCAAAAUGCAAAGACAUACACGGAGCAGGCCCUACAGAAUUGCCUAUCUAAAUAUGGAGAGAAUGCCACACACCCUGACAUCGCCGAGGCACUUGAAAGCUCGGGUAUUGCUUUUGCACAAAUCGGUGACCACAGAAAGGCCGUAGCCUAUUUUGAACAGGCGCUGGAGAUGAGAAGGAAUAUCCAUGGCAAAGAGACUGCACACGCCGACAUUGCUAUGGCACUUAUUGACUUAGGUACCGCCUGGAGUGACAUCGGUGAUCCAAGAAAGGCCACCAUCUAUUAUGAACAGUCACUGGAGAUGAUGUUGGAUGUCUAUGGUAAGGACGGCGCUAACCCGUACUUUGCCGCGUGUUUCAACUACUUGGGUACGGCCUGCAGGGACCUUGGUGAUCACAGACAGGCUGUUACGUACUACGAACACUCACUUAAGAUGUGGCGGGCCAUCGUUGGUGAGGGCAAUGCUCUUCCCGACAUUGCCAUCAAUGUGCUUAACAACUUGGGUGAAUCAUGGACAAACCUUGGUGAUCACAGAAAGGCCCUCAGCUAUAAUGAACAGUCACUACAGAUGAUGCGGGGUAUCUAUGGUGAGAACACCGCGCAUCCUGACAUUGCCAUGUCUUUGAACAAUUUGGGGUGCGUCUUCAACCAACUUGGUGAUUACAGAAAAGCGGCCAACUAUCACGAGCGAUCACUGCAGAUGCGGCGAACUAUCUAUGGUGAGAACACUCCACAUCCCAAAGUUGCUCACUCACUUAACAACUUGGGAGGUACCUUUCACAACCUCGGCGAUCACGUAAUGGCAGCCGACUAUUACAAACAGUCACUGCAGAUGUGGCAGAGUAUGUAUGGUGAAGACACUGCACAUCCCGAUAUCGCUGCGGCGCUCAACCAUAUAGGUGGAAUCUGGGCGAACCUUGGUGAUCACAGAAAGGCCGCCAGCUAUCAUGAACAGGCACUUGAGAUGAUGAUCAGAAUAUCCGGUAAGGAUACCGCACAUCCUGACAUCGCCGCGUCACUCAAUGGCUUGGGUAACGCCUGGAAUAACUUGGGUGAUCAAAGAAAGGCCAUCUGCUAUCACGAAAUGGCUCUACAGAUGAAAUCAACGAUUAUUGGUGAAGGCACUUUUCAUCCUGAUAUUGUCGCGUCACUAAACAAUUUAGGCAAUGCCUGGAGGGACUGUGGCGAUCACAAAAAGGCUAUCAACUACUUUGAACGAUCUCUGCAAAUGACUCGAAGCAUGUUCGGUGACGAAAAUGCCGAUCGUGAUGAUAUUGCUACGUUACUCAACAACUUAGGAAUCUCUUUAAGUAACGUUGGUGACCAUAGAAAGGCCCUUGCAUACUACGACGAUGCACUACAGGCGUGGCGAAGUGUCUUCGGUAAGAACGCUGACCAUCAUCAUAUCGCAAAAGUACUGAACAACCUAGGUAACGCUUGCAUGGCCCUCGGUGAUCACAAAAUGGCCGUCAGCUAUCAUGAACAGUCACUGCAGAUGAAGCGGAGAAUUUAUGGAGAGAAUACCGCCCAUCCGGCCAUUGUCACGUCUCUUGGCAACUUGCGAAACGCUUGGAAGAGCCUUGGUGAUCACAGAAAGGCGCAUAGCUAUUACGCACAGGAACUACAAAUGAUGUUCACUCUAUAUCACUCCUGAAAUCGGUAUGCUAAAUGAUGAUGAUGGCAACCCACGGUUAGAGCACUGCACAUCAUAUUCUCACCCAGCUGUGACACUUUGAAACGAUUGUCAGUUGUUUUAAUCAGUACAAGAAAAGCUUAGUAGACACGACAACGUUAAAAAAUGGUUAUUAUAUACGGUAUCAUGUAUACUGUAGUUGCCUCCACUUAUCAUUCCAUUGUCCAUUAGCCAGCCUUCGAAAGAUCUGCUUGGAGAUUACACAAAAUGAGGGCAUCUCAUGUGAGCUGUUUUAGUACCAACCAUAUAUAUAUCAGAAAUGAGAGAUAAUCGCACAAAUGUGUUGAAAAGUGGAAGUAAAUUACAAUCACACAAAUAUUUCUUGAAAUAAAAUGUCUCAGUUUUUAUGCAAAAUGUUACAAAUGCCACUUUUAAGUUCAAAACCUUGAAAUGCUUUGUCCCGGACAGCCUUGGAAUUCACUGCACACAGAACUGAUGACCUUCUUUUUGCAAUUUUCACUGCUGUCACACAUGAAAUUAAUCUGUUAAUAACUUGUCACACAAAUACAUCACCAUGUUACAUUGUGGUUACAAUAUGUACAAUGUAGACAUUAAUGACCAAUUAUUAUUGGCUAAAUAAAGACCUUUAAACAAACAAGUUAACGCUGAAGUUAAACAUUGACAUCUGCUCCUGCCAUGUUAUUAAAAAAAAUGGAAUUAGAAUUUAGAAACAAUAAAUUGGUUCAGGUAUUCCAGAUUAUAUCUUUUCCUCGUAACCUCUAUCUAUUACACUAACGUGAAUUUACAAAUGUCUGCCACAGAUUGUUUUUAGAAUUUUUUUGUACUUUAUAAUAAAAUUUACCACAUAUCUUAGCACUGUUUCUUACCAAAUGACACUACGAAACGUCAGAAACCUCUGUUAUCCUAAACAUUUGUAAGCACAAAAAUUGUUUAAAAAAUCCACAAGACACACGAGCUAAUGAAGUAAUUAUACAGUCAGAGAGGUUCUCUGUAACCUCCAUGUUUCCCCUGUCACACAUUCACGACCUUCCCCCGAGUAUGUUUGGGGCAAUCUGGCCACGCCCACCUUAUAAUAUGAUUGGAAACUAAUUUGAGUCAAAUUUGAGUCAAAUUUGGCCUCCGA